AUGGAGCUGGAAAGCGAUAAAAUCAAACUUGAUGAUGAUUCGGAGCAAACUGGUUGGUUCGAUAUGCCAUAUGAGAUGAGAGAAAUUGUGAUAAAUCAUAUGAAAUUGCAAGCAAAAGGAAACUUCGCACAAAUUUCACAACAAUGUUUGGAAGAAGUUCAAUUAUCGAACAAUCUCAAUGCUUUUUGCUUGGAAAUAAUGGAUAUGAGUAGUGAAAGAUCUAUAGAAUAUAUAAAUAUUCAUAUAACUACUGAUGAUGAAGAAGAAGAUAAUUUUCUCGAACUUUUCACAGUUUGUAACACCACAGUGGCGCCGGAAAAUGAGCAAGCAUUGGCGUAUUUUCGAAAUAAAUGUGAUAGAUUGUUUGAAGUGGAUUCAAGGGAAAAAAUGACAGAAUUUAUACUGGAGAACUUUCGUGGUUUAUGGAUGAUUUUGAAGAGUAGUUUAAGAGAAUUGAUGAUUGAAAUGGUCAGUGAGAAUUUUAAAAAAAUUCAAAAGGUUAACUAAAUUUUCUUCAGGACGAUUUUCCAUACGAUCAAAUGAAACUUGGAAAUUUAAACGGUUUAACAACAAUCAACCUUUUCGCCAAUACAAAAAACAAUCAAAUUGAUCCGAUUCGCUCUGGUUUCAUCAAUAUCGAGCAACUUCGCCUCGUUGAAUUAAAAAUAUCCAUCCCAAGUCUCACAAUUGAUCAAAUAUUUCAAUUAAAAGCGGUUUCUAUUGAUGUUGGUUAUGACGGUGGUGAACUUUAUGAUCUUGAUCAAAUUAUUGAUCGAAUUAUCAAUGGGGAACUUGAUGAAAAUGUCAGUUAUAUCACAAUCAGACCAAAACACUGUGUUGACAAGAUUUCGGGAAUUUUUGCAAGGCGUAUGCAGUGAGUGUCAUUAUUUCUUCAAGAGAAAUUAAUUUGUUUUUUUUAAAGGUUUUUUGCGAUGCAAAGUUUGGUGAAAAGAGUGGAUAAAAUGAUAAAAAUCACUGAUCAUAGAUUUGGAGUUGUAAUUGAUACCAAAAUUUUGACUGAUAUCGACCAAACCGACAACAGCGCGGGCGGAUUUAUGGUCUCCGCAUGGAAUAUUCUAUAA